UGUGGUAAGGGAUCGGUGGAGGUGUACUGACCGACAACGGGUGUUUUAUUGUUUAUUUCUGAUCACGCAUCGGGAAAAACCAAAGAUAGAUCAAUCAACACGAUUCCCAGGAUGCUUUGUCAUGUGACGCGGCCGGACUCGGUGGUGAUGGAGGUGGAAGUUGAUGCGAAGGCGAACGGAGAGGAUUGUCUGAACAAGGUAUGUAGGAAAUUAGGAAUCAUCGAGGUGGACUACUUUGGCCUGCAGUUCUCUGGGAGUAAAGGCGAGAACUUGUGGCUGAACCUGAGGAACCGAAUCUCGCAGCAGAUGGACAGCGUGACUCCUUGCAGGCUCCGACUGAGAGUCAAGUUCUUCGUCGAGCCCCAUUUAAUGCUCCAAGAGCAAACCAGGCACCUGUUCUUCAUGCAUGUUAAAGAGGAUCUGCACUGCGGUCACCUGCGCAUGUGCUCGGAGCAGGCCGUGAAGCUCAGCGCCCUCGUGGCGCAGGCCGAGUUUGGCGACUACAACCAGAACACUGCCAAAUACUGGUACACCGAGCUGUGCAGAAAAGAUCCAGACCAAGAGACGGUUAAUAGCAUCAUAGCCAAGCACAAGGCACUGGAGGGGCUGACCCAGGGCUCAGUGGAGUAUCAGGCCCUGCAGCUGGUGGCGUCUCUUGAGCACUUUGGCGUGGAGUGGCACUGGGCGCGGGACGCAGAGGGCCAGAGCCUGGCGAUCGGAGUGGGACCUGACGGCAUCGCCAUCUGCAGGGACGACUUCAGCCUGGUCAACAGGAUUUCUUAUCCUUUAAUCCAAAUCACCACACAGUCGAGGAAGAGUGUGUAUCUGACUGUCACGAAGGAAAGCAGCGACAGCGUGGUCAUGCUGUUUAAGCUGAUCAGCAACCGGGCGGCUAGCGGGCUGUACCGGGCCAUCACUGAGACGCACACCUUUUACAAAUGCGACACUGUAACGAAUGCAGUCAUGAUGCAGUACAGCCGUGACUUCAAGGGCCACCUGGCUUUGCUCUUCCUCAACGAGAACGUCAACCUGGGCAAGAAUUACGUCUUCGACAUCCGCCGGACGUCCAAAGAGGUGUACGACUACGCCAGGCGGGCGCUGUACAACGCCAGCAUCGUGGACCUGAUGUUCCAGUCGGGUGCACGGUCUUCAUCCUCACGGUCGCCCUGGCACAAACAGGAGGGCGUCCCAGAGUGUGGCGGGUGUCGGCAGAACCGCAUGCUCCAGGAGAAGCUGCAGAAGCUGCGCGAGGCCUUUCUGUGCAUGGUGUGCUGCGAGGAGGAGAUCGACGCCGCAUUCUGCUCCUGCGGCCACACUGUGUGCUGCGAAAACUGUGCCGCGCAGCUCCAGUCAUGUCCAGUGUGUCGCUCUGAGGUGGAACACAUCCAGCACGUGUACCUGCCCACCUGCUCCAGCCUGCUGAACCUGACGGUGGGCACUGGCAGUCCCGCGCCCAUCCGCCGCUCCAUGGCCACACAAACCUGCACCAACGCCGAUAACUGCAGCGACGACAAACUCUGCCAGACCUGAACCGAUUUGCUCGUGUUCUUAAAGCACCAAUGAAGAGACUUUUGUACUUUUUUCGUCUUAAUUUAAGUCUAUCAGUUGAUCUGAUAAACAACUAUUUGUGUGUGUUAUUUUUUAGUGCUUGGUCUUAUUAAUACUUUAGUAUGGAGUCGGAGAGGCUAAAGCCUACAGAGGUACGUUUUAAGGAUCUCAAAUGUUUAACCCUGUGAUAAGUUCAGCCUCACUCGUCCAUCACCCUCGCAUGCAACGGAUAUGAUACUUGGUGCAAUUGUAAUAGUUUUUUUUUUUUUUUUUUUUUACUUGUUUUUUGGAUGUGAAUGGAAAAAUAUUGACACCUUUACCGGGGAGUUUAAGGCUUCGAGGCCUUAAUGUAGCAGUAACACAGUGUGUUUGUUAUGCACAUUCUUGCUUUGCACAGACUAUUGUCAAAAAAAAAUGAGGAAUUAAUUUUCUUUAUUCCUGACCCAGUCACUGCAGGGGCGAAAUUUAUGUUCGCUUGUUUAAGUUUUCCCCCCAUUUUAUAUGAAUAGAUUUUGUUUCUGUUUAUUUGAAGCAAAAACUAUGCCCUGUACUUGUACAUUCGUGGCCAAAAGUUUUGAGAAUUACAUAAAUAUUGGAAAUUGGAAAAGUUGCUGCUUAAGUUUUUAUAAUAGCAAUUUGCAUAUACUCCAGAAUGUUAUGAAGAGUGAAUUGCAUAGUCCUUCUUUGCCAUGAAAAUUAACUUAAUCCCAAAAAAACCUUUUCAACUGCAUUUCAUUGCUGUCAUUAAAGGACCUGCUGAGAUCGUUUCAGUAAUCGUCUUGUUAACUCAGGUGAGAAUGUUGACGAGCACAAGGCUGGAGAUCAUUAUGUGGAGAUCAUUAAGUCAGGCUGAUUGGGUUAGAAACGUAUGAAGUGCUUGUAAUUAUAUUUCAGUACGUCACAGAAACAACUGAAACAAAGAUGUAAAAGCAGUUUAGCAGCAAACUUUGUGAAAACUAAUAUUUGUGUUAUUCUCAAAACUUUUGGCCACGACUGUAGAAUCUUUUUAUA